GACAGGGGGUGUGGUGUCACAUGGUCGGGGUUUAAAUAGAGAGAGGGACUCAGAUCAAACACACAGAUCAGCGCAGCACAGACACUUACCUGAAUGAACAUGGACGCUGUGUACAAGAGAAUCAAUGGGAACCACGUGGCUGAUGCAGAGCCAGAGCCAGGCACUAGGAAAAGACGGGGUUCCAUGUACCUGGAGGAGGAGACCAGCAACAAUUCUGAAAUCAUCUCCUGCAUCUUCUCCCUGAAAGAAGAAGUUGGCGCUUUGGCAAAAGCUCUCCGGCUCUUUGAGGAGAAGGGCAUCAACCUGACACACAUAGAGUCUCGUCCAUCCCGGAACAACAAACACCAGUACGAGUUCUUCAUCCAUGUGGACUCCACCUGCUCCCAGGCCUUGGAUGAGGUUAUCGACGGAUUGCGUACACAAAUCAGCGGCCAAGUCCACGAGCUGUCACGCAACAAAGAGAAGGACACAGUGCCCUGGUUCCCUAACGACAUCCAGGACUUGGACCGCUUUGCUAACCAGAUCCUCAGCUAUGGAUCAGAGCUUGACGCAGAUCACCCGGGAUUCACAGAUCCUGUGUACAGGGCCCGUCGGAAGGAGUUUGCUGACAUUGCCUACAACUACAGACAUGGACAGGUGAUCCCAAGAGUGGAGUACACAGAGGAGGAGAAGGCUACAUGGGGAGUUGUGUUCAAAGAGCUCAAGACUCUGUACCCAACUCAUGCCUGCCGUGAGCACAAUCGAGUCUUCCCCCUGCUGGAGAAAUACUGUGGCUACAGACAGGACAACGUUCCCCAGCUGGAGGACGUCUCCCGCUUUCUGCAGUCUUGUACUGGCUUCCGCCUCCGUCCUGUUGCUGGUUUGCUUUCCUCUCGGGACUUCCUGGCUGGUCUGGCCUUCCGUGUUUUCCAUUCCACCCAGUACAUCCGGCACGGCUCCAGGCCGACGUACACACCUGAGCCAGAUAUCUGCCAUGAGCUGCUGGGGCAUGUUCCUCUGUUCGCUGAUCCAGGUUUUGCCCAGUUUUCCCAGGAGAUUGGCCUUGCUUCCCUUGGAGCUCCUGAUGAGUACAUCGAGAAACUGGCUACUGUGUACUGGUUCACUGUGGAGUUUGGGCUCUGUAAGCAGGGCUCGGAGAUGAAGGCUUAUGGCGCUGGUCUGCUCUCUUCAUUUGGAGAGCUGACGUACUGCCUGACAGACAAACCAAAGGUCCUGCCCUUUGACCCGGAAAAAACGAGUCUCCAGAAAUACCCAAUUACAGAGUACCAACCAGUUUACUUUGUAGCAGAAAGCUUUGAGGACGGAAAAGAGAGAGUGAGGAAAUUUGCAGCCACUAUUCCCAGACCAUUCACAGUGCGCUACAAUGCCUACACCCAAAGCAUUGAGGUGCUGGAUAACACCCAGCAGCUGAGCAACCUGGCUGACUCCAUCAACAGUGAAUUGGGAAAACUAUGUGAAGCCCUACGGAGACUGCACUGAGCAUUAACAUAUAGAGGGUGUUUUAAUUUCAUUUCACAUAUUUACUUUACCUAUAACUUGAUGCACUUACUACUUUGAUCCUAAAUACAAACAUGCAUGCUGUUUCACAAUUUUAAUGGAGAAAUGCUACGGUGUGUUUAUUUGUAUUAUGGCUGAAUUAUGCAGACCUGACCUCAACAUAAUGAACUACACAUAUAUAUGAACAAGUAUAACAGAUAAGAUUAUCAAGAAUAAUGUGUAUUUUUAAAAUUUUUAAUCAGCAAUUCAGCCGCUUAUGAGAUGGCAACCACUAAAAAACAACUAUCAUAGGGCUUUUCCAUUUUAUUUCUUCUCCAUAUGCAUGAGCUGUAUCAAUAAAUAAAACAAU